AUGGACGGGUUGGGUCCUUGCCUCAAAGCGACCGGGCCAAGGCCGUUUGGAGGCCGUGUGAGCACCACAAUAUGGCCUCAGCAGAGAGUGACUCAGUGUGGUUCUCCAGAAUGGUUUUCUCUCUAUGUUUUUGUUUGUCAUACUGCCGACCUCUCUCAUGUUGUUCAUCAAAACUCUGACUUACCUGAAGCAGAUCAAGACAAGUGUCCUAUCUGUGCUGGUAUCUUUCAAGCUGGAAAUUGUUAUAUUCCUCUCUCUUGUCAUGCGGCCUAUUGGCUUCACAAGGCUUGUUUAACUGAAUUGGCGGUAUACUCUUGUGACUUUUUAUGUCCACUUUGUUGUAAACAACGGAUGAUUCGUAGUCUAGGUGCUGUUUAUUAA